AAUUAGUUGCUUUAAUCGGAAAGUGUCAAAGUUUUUUGACACAAUAAAGAAUGGAAAAGUUAUCGAAGUCAAAUGGGACAUAUAUAAUUGCGUAUGUGAGUGCGUAGGAAUGUGUUUGUUCUACUUGAAUUCAAUGGCGUGAGUGCAUACGUAUAUUGAAUUGGCUGGAAAGGCGAUAGCGCCAUUCCAUAGUCAACAAGCUUGGGCACCCCUGUAUGUAUAAAAGAAGGCAGAUGAGAUGAGAUAGGCCAAGAGCAUAUACAAGUACGUACUAGCUAUCAGGUAUGAUGAUGGAGGGGAAGAAAUGGCAGCGCCGCAAUGUGGGGCGGCGUUUCUUGUCCGAUCAUGUGACGGCGGCCGGCAGCUUGCUUCUUUUGUUUGCCGCCGCCUUUGCUGAUGGGACAGCGGGUCAGAGUCUGCACGUCCUAGAACACAUUGUAAUGAUGCAGCUCAAGGGAAGUAUUACAUUCCCGAGCACAGAAAAAGACACAUGGACCGAACCCAAUCCGUGCGACUGGCUCCGUGUGACGUGUGCGCCUACAACAACGGACCCAAACUAUAAAUUUGUUACCUCUAUCGAUAUUUCUAGUUCGAAUAUCAACGGGACUCUGCCGGGAAGCCUGGGAGUCCUCUCCCAGUUGUUAGGGUUCGGAGCCGCCAACAACCGCCUCACCGGCCAACUUCCGGACUUUGCCAAUUGCUCGAAUCUCGGGAUGCUCGACGUUUCCCACAACGGCUUCACUUCAAUCCCGCAAACUCUGUUUCGCAACAAGCCUGCCCUCUGGUCGGUUACUCUAGACUACAACCUUUUGCUUCAGCCCUGGGAGAUUCCGCAAGAUCUGAGCUCCUCUUCGAGCCUCUUUAGUUUCACCGCCGCCGAUUGUAACAUUCACGGGGGCUUACCCAGCUUCUUCAGCAACAACACUUUCCCCAACUUAGUGCACCUCCAAUUGGCCAACAACAGUCUUACGGGUCCGGUGCCGGAAUCAUUGGCAGGAAUCUCGUCACUCCGAGAAGUGGAUCUGUCCAACAAUCAUCUCACUGGCUCUGUCCCUGUUUUUAAACAAACAAAUGCGAGGGUGCUUACAUGUGGGAAUUCAGGUUUAGGGGAUAAAGGGCUUCCGUGCUGAUCCAAGCGGGGCAUGCUGAAAGAUGAUAGGAAGAUGAUCCAUCCUGGACCAUGUUUUGGUUGAUCAUGUACUUGUCAAGGUUUUAGAUACUACCUUGUACGGGUAGCCUAGCGGUGCAGAUUUCGGUGUGAUUUGAAUUUCACACCACAAUAGCGGACCGUAGCGGUAGCGGAGGCUACCACGACCGUUAUAUAGCGGUCAUUAAGCAAUAGCGGACCGCUAUUUCAAAGCAUGGUACUUGUAUAAUGUUUCUGUAUUCUUUCGUUUGUUUCAAUUUGAAGGUUCCGAUCAUGUGAUGCAAUACAUUUUUGGCAUUAAUGUAACAUUAUUGCUUUUUGAGAAUGCUUCUGAU